UCGCAUUAGUUCUGGAAUUUGUUUUGACCUCUCCUCUAACUUCUCCCUAAAUGCCCAUCUCUAACCACUACCAACCUUCACCCACUGCCCUGUUCUCCUUCCAGGACAUGGAGAUGACAGCUGUGGCUUCUGUUUUUACACCAUGACUGCAGUUGCCUAAAAGCCCUCCCAGUUCCUAAUGAAAAUCCCAACUCAUAGUUCAUGUUUUCUGCAUCUAGUAAACAUCUCAGAGCCAUUCCCUGAAUUCUAAAAUUAUUGCCUCUUUAUAUUUACGGGUCCCUUUGUUCAAAGGUUUAUACACUGCCUUUGGGAAAUCAUCUUCUGAUAAUUUUUCUUUCUUCCUUCACAGAAGCACAGAGAUGUCUCCUGUGCAGCCCAUUGCUGGCUGUUAGCACACCUAAUGUAUGCUUGUUCUCACAUGGUGUGUCUGUGUAGCCACAGGAGGUUUUUAUGUAAACUUCCAUACCAGUGUUAAAGACAGCCGUAGCCACCAAAGAGAUCCUUGUAAAAUAUAGGAUUAGGAUAUACCACAGGAAUUAAUAAUUCUCAAGCCACUGCUUUAAAUUGUAGCCACAUUGUUUUUGUAGGGAAGUUGCUCAGUUUAUAUACACGGAACACGAAGGGUUGCAUUCUGAUCAGGACACCAGUUUCAUUUAAGACCCCUAUACCAAAAGGUACUUAGAUAAUCCUCUUUAAUAUGCAUAUACCAUAUUGCUUUGUGCAACAUAUUGCUUUGAGCAACAAAUGAUGCUAAUUUUCUUGCUACUUUGAUCCUCUCUGAUUAUUUUCUUCAACUCCUAAAAGUCUAAGUGAAUACGAUGAAAGAAUACUCCCUGUAAAAAUUGUUAUUUUAUAUAUUUUUCCUCAGAGUUAAGAAUACAUGUUUUUUAAAGACAUUUAAUAAUGAUACGGGUUUAUCAUUCUCUAUCAAAAAUAAUUUCAUUGGACAUCAUGCCAAUUUUCUUCUUAGGGUCCCUCAACUAAAUAGUAACUUUAAAAACAUACUGCUAGUUGGCUGUAUUUUAGUAGGUCAGCAUGCACACCAAAAGUGUAUUAAGGUGGACUGCUCUAUUUAUUGAUUUGCCAUGAAUCUGUUAAAAGCUCAAGGCAAUUGUCUGCCGAAGGGGGCGGGAGGGCCAUACAUGAUCGAGGUCAUGCGCAUCUAGCCAAUUUGUAAGAUGAUCCUGCCGCCCUAAGCCAUCAGCAAUCCUUAGCAUAGGGGCACACUCACGCAUUCCUGUCAAGUCAUCUUGUGAAAGGCUGCCUGCUUCCAGCUUGGCUUGGAUGUGCAACCUUAAUAAAACUCACUGAGGUCUGGAAGAAAAUAGCAGAUCUGAAGCAGAUAGGGUAGAGGAAAGGGUCUAGAAUAUGUACACGCAGCUGACUCAGGCAGGCUCCACGCUGAACGGUCACACAGAGAGGAAACAAUAAAUCUCAGCUACUAUGCAAUAAAUAUCUCAAGUUUUAACGAAGGAAAAUAUCAUUACAGUGAAAUAAAAAAUUUUAACAUUUUAGAACAAAGCUAACAAAUGGCUAGUUUUCUAUCAUUCUUCUUCAAACGCUUUCUUUGAGGGGGAGAGAGUCAAACAAACAAGCAGUUUUACCUGAAAUAAAGAACUAGUUUAGAGGUCAGAAGAAAGGAGCAAGUUUUGCGAGAGGCACGGAAGGAGAGUGCUGGCAGUACAAUGACAGUUUUCCUUUCCUUUGCUUUCCUCGCUGCCAUUCUGACUCACACAGGGUGCAGCAACCAGCGCCGAAGUCCAGAAAACAGUGGGAGAAGAUAUAACCGGAUUCAACAUGGGCAAUGUGCCUAUACUUUCAUUCUUCCAGAACACGAUGGGAACUGUCGUGAGAGUACGACAGACCAGUACAACACAAACGCUCUGCAGAGAGAUGCUCCACACGUGGAACCGGAUUUCUCUUCCCAGAAACUUCAACAUCUGGAACAUGUGAUGGAAAAUUAUACUCAGUGGCUGCAAAAACUUGAGAAUUACAUUGUGGAAAAUAUGAAGUCGGAGAUGGCCCAGAUACAGCAGAAUGCAGUUCAGAACCACACGGCUACCAUGCUGGAGAUAGGAACCAGUCUGCUGUCUCAGACUGCAGAGCAGACCAGAAAGCUGACAGAUGUUGAGACCCAGGUACUAAAUCAAACUUCUCGACUUGAGAUACAGCUGCUGGAGAAUUCAUUAUCAACCUACAAGCUAGAGAAGCAACUUCUUCAACAGACAAAUGAAAUCUUGAAGAUUCAUGAAAAAAACAGUUUAUUAGAACAUAAAAUCUUAGAAAUGGAAGGAAAACACAAGGAAGAGUUGGACACCUUAAAAGAAGAGAAAGAAAACCUUCAAGGCUUGGUUACUCGUCAAACAUAUAUAAUCCAGGAGCUGGAAAAGCAAUUAAACAGAGCUACCACCAACAAUAGUGUCCUUCAGAAGCAGCAACUGGAGCUGAUGGACACAGUCCACAACCUUGUCAACCUUUGCACUAAAGAAGGUGUUUUACUAAAGGGAGGAAAAAGAGAGGAAGAGAAACCAUUUAGAGACUGUGCAGAUGUAUAUCAAGCUGGUUUUAAUAAAAGUGGAAUCUACACUAUUUAUAUUAAUAAUAUGCCAGAACCCAAAAAGGUAUUUUGCAAUAUGGAUGUCAAUGGGGGAGGUUGGACUGUAAUACAACAUCGUGAAGAUGGAAGUCUAGAUUUCCAAAGAGGCUGGAAAGAAUAUAAAAUGGGUUUUGGAAAUCCCUCCGGUGAAUAUUGGCUGGGGAAUGAGUUUAUUUUUGCCAUUACCAGUCAGAGGCAGUACAUGCUAAGAAUUGAGUUAAUGGACUGGGAAGGGAACCGAGCCUACUCACAGUAUGACAGAUUCCACAUAGGAAAUGAAAAGCAAAACUAUAGGUUGUAUUUAAAAGGUCACACUGGGACAGCAGGAAAACAGAGCAGCCUGAUCUUACACGGUGCUGAUUUCAGCACUAAAGAUGCUGAUAAUGACAACUGUAUGUGCAAAUGUGCCCUCAUGUUAACAGGAGGCUGGUGGUUUGAUGCUUGUGGCCCCUCCAAUUUAAAUGGAAUGUUCUAUACUGCGGGACAAAACCAUGGAAAACUGAAUGGGAUAAAGUGGCACUACUUCAAAGGGCCCAGUUACUCCUUACGUUCCACAACUAUGAUGAUUCGACCUUUAGAUUUUUGAAAGCACAAUGUCAGAAGUGAUUAUAAAAACAACAAAGAAAUCUGGAGAAGCUGCCAGGUGAGAAAGUGCUUGAAAACUUCAGAAGCAAACAAAAUUGUCUCCCUUCCAGCAAUAAGUGGUAGUUAUGUGAAGUCACCAAGGUCCUUGACUGUGAAUCUGGAGCCUUUUGAGUUCACAGGAGUCUCUACUUGGGGAAACAGUGCUCACGUGGCUCCACUAUAGAAAACUCCAUUGACUGUCGAGCUUUAAAAAGGGAAGAACCUGCUCAGCUUUGCUGUGCUUCAAACUACUACUGGACCUUAUUUUGGAACUGUGGUAGCCAGAUGAUAAAUAUGGUUAAUUUCAUGUAAAACAGGAAAAAAAAAAAAAAGAGUGAAAAAGAGAAUAUACAGGAAGAAUAGAAACAAGCCUGCCAUAAUCCUUUGGAAAAGAUGUAUUACACCAGUGAAAAGGUGUUAUAUCUAUGCAAACCUACUAACAAAUUAUACUGUUGCACAAUUUUGAUAAAAAUUUAGAACAGCAUUGUCCUCUGAGUUGGUUAAAUGUUAAUGGAUUUCAGAAGCCUAAUUCCAGUGUCAUACUUACUGGCUGAUUUCUUCUUACCCAUCUUCAAAUGAAAAUUCCAUUUUUGUAAGCCAUAAUGAAUUGUAGUACAUGGACAAUAACUGUGUAGUAGAAACAAACAUACUCUGAUUUUUGAUACAGUUUUCAGAAAAAAAAAAAAUGGACAUAAUCAAGUAGGGAUGUAUGUGGUGAAAACUUACCACCUCAUACUAUGGUUUCCAUUUACUCUAAAAACUGAUUGAAUGAUAUAUAAAUAUAUUUAUAGCCUGAGUAAAGCUAAAAGAAUGUAAAAUAUAUCAUCAAGUUCUUAAAAUAAUAUACAUGCAUUUAAUAUUUCCUUUGAUAUUAUACAGGAAAGCAAUAUUUUGGAGUAUAUUAAGUUGAAGUAAAACCAAGUACUCUGGAGCGGUUCAUUUUACAGUAUCUACUAGCAUGUGUAUACAUACAUGUAACUUCAUUAUUUUAAAAAUGUUUUUAGAACUUCAAUACUCACCCUGUUAUGUCUUGUUAAUUUAAAUUUUGCUAAUUAACAGAAACAUACUUACCAGAUUCACACUGUUCCAGUGUCUAUAAAAGAAACACUUUGAAGUCUAUGAAAAAUAAAAUAAUUAUAAAUAUCAUUGUACAUAGCAUGUUUAUAUCUGCAAUAAACCUAAUAGCUAAUUAAUCUGGAAUAUGCAACAUUGUCCUUAAUUGAUGCAAAUAAACACAAGUGCUCAAAGAAAUCUACUAUAUCCCUUAAUGAAAUACAUCACUCUUCGUAUUUGUCUCCUUCAGUCCAUUCCCUUAGGCAAUUUUAAAUUUUUAAAAAUUAUUAUCGGGGGGAAAAAUUGGCAAAACUAUUAUACGUAAAGGAAAUAUAUACAAAAAGAAAAUUAAUCGUAGUCACCUAAGAGAAAUUCUAACUGCUAGUUGCUAUAAAUAACUUAAUGGGAAUAUUCCUAUGGGAUAAUCUAUUUCAAGUGAAUUUUUGGGGUGCUUGAAGUUACUACAGUAUUUUUUCGAGAAGUCUUCUCUGCCUCUAAGUGUCCGAGGUUAUAACAGUAAACAGUUUUUAUUAAAACAUGAGUCACUAUGGGAUGAGCAAAUUGAAAUAAAGCUAUUGGGUCUCCUCUCUUACAAAAGAGACAGUUGUUGGCAAGGUAGCAAUGCCAGCUUCAAACUUGGUGACUGGAUCCACUAUGCCUCAAUGGUUUCCUCCAUUUGCAAAAAUAAAGCUAUUCACAUUGUCAAGAAAAAUAUGUUUUAAAGUCUACAAUCAAGUCUUUUUUAUAUUUAUGUGUCUGUAUUCUACCCCUUUUUGCCUUACAAGUGAUAUUUGUAGGUAUUAUACCAUUUUUCUAUACUUGGUGGCUCCUCCAUAGCAGGCAAGCCUCUUCCUCUAAAAACCUUCUCGACUGUUUUCAAUUAAGGGAAAGAAAAUGAGUAUUUUGUCCUUUUGUGUUCCUACAGACACUUUUUUAAACCAGUUUUUGGAUAAAGAAUACUAUUUCCAAACUCAUAUUACAAAAAAAAUAAAGUAAUAAAAAAAAAGAAAGCAUGAUAUUUACUAUUUUGUUGUCUGGGUUUGAAAAAUGAAAUAUUGUUUCCAAUUAUUUAUAAUAAAGCAGUGUAAAAUGUUUUAUGACUCCAUUAUGUGUAUUAUGUAAUACCUACAUGUUUAUGGCAAGUUAACAUAUGUAUUCUUUGCAUUUAAUUAUUUCAGAAUAGGGUAAUUAGGUAUUCGAAUUUUGUCUUUAAAAUUCAUGUGGUUUCUUGCAAAGUUUUUCAUAUCAACACAUUAUUUGAUUUAAAUAAAAUUGAAAGUAAUAUUUGUGCAA